AGAAAGCAGUCGUUUAUAGAAAAUAAAAAACGAACCCAAAAAAAUGGCGAGCACUCUCUUGGCAGCUCCUUGCUUUCUGUCUCUGCAAAAUAGAGAAGUGGGUGGAUUUUUGAGGAGCUUCAGGAGCCCAAAUUAUGACAAAGUGAAGUAUAACCAAGGUUUACUGAGAACAAGAAAUAGUGGCACCAGUGGUGGUGGCUCCCUUGUUGUGGCCUCAGUGUUUGGAAGGAAAGUCAAGAGCACACAGACUGUGAUACCCGAGCCAGAUUACCGAAUUCCAAUUGUUCUACUAGGUCUAUCUGGUGGGUUAGCUUAUACAAAUAAUCUUUUACCAGCUGCGCCCAUCGGUCUCCUUGGAUUACUCCUAUUGUUUCAGACUACUAGAGUCAGAUUUGUCUUUGAUGACGAGGCACUGGAAGUAAAAGUAGGAGAGCAGCUUCAGAAUUCAGGUGAAAAUGUCUUCGUGGGUGGAAAAAAUCGUUGGAAAUACUCAACGUUUGUGAAUUGGGAGCUUUGGUGGCCAAAUUUCCCUAUUCUGGUGUAUUUUAAGGAGAGGCAAACAAAGCCUGAAGGACAAGUUCACUUCUUUCCUGUGAUAUUUAAUGGGAAGCAACUUUAUGAUGUGUUGUUGGAGAGAGCUGGUCCUUCCCAAACCAGUGGGCCAAAAGAUACUUGAAGGCAGGGGCAUUGUGGUUACAACUAUUCAAUUCUGCUAUCUGAUAGCAAAGAUGUUAUCUUCUGAGGUAUGAAAAAAAAAACAUCAAUAACUAGAAUGCUACUUUAUAUAUGUUUUUCACAUGAGGCAGCCCUUGCUUUGGCAUUGUUCCACUGGAGGGGUUCUAAAUUUUGGAAUUUUCUAUAUUUUUUCAGGCGACAUUUUUUUUCAGUCAACUUAUCUGUGCUGUAUUCUUUUGAACAUUCUAUUCUAUGUGAUGUAUAAUACUACCAAUUUUAUACAUGGAAGUCAAGUCAGAGAUCAAAAGUAUAAAAAA